AUGGUGCCAGGAAUUCUUUUAGAGGGACAGUAUUCUAACCUAAGACAAACGCGGGGGGCGGUGGGUGGGUGGGGCGAGGUGACACCCAAUCUUUAUGGAAAUCUCGUAGCAAACACAGCUGCUGGUAUUGCAGGUGGAACAGGAGUUAUGCCGGGAGGCAAUGUGGUGCUGAUCAUGCUGUUUUUGAGCAGGAGCUUCAGCAGGAAAUGUGGGAAUGAAAGGCUAGGUGGAACAAAAGAAGGCAAACCCUGUGGCGCUGCUCUUAUCAUCUGCCAUGAUGCUAGACAUCUCCAGUUCCCUUCUUUUGCCGAUCGAUUAGAAACAGCGGUUAAGAAGGUGAUAUUCGAAGGCAAGUACCGGACCAAGGACCUUGGUGGACAGAGCACGACGCAGGAGGUUGUUGAUGCAGUUAUAGCUGCUUUAGAUUGA